AGAACAAAAUAAAGUUCGAGUCGCGAUGCGCCAUCCUCAAACUUGGGGAUAACCUUAAGGAGAAAGACCAAGCUCUCAGUCAGCAUUCGAUUCCGUGAGCCCGACGUGUUCGCCGACAUCCAACACCGAUUGCUAAUUCUCCUUGUCUGCUCGCCUCCAGCUUCGAUAGGCCAGUCAAUUGACAGCUUCGCGACCAGCUUCGAACCAAAGCAACCGCUAUGGCGACUUCCAAAGUCACUCUUCGGAGUGAUGCUGCUGCUUCGCUUCUCGAGCCAGAGAAGACUCUGCGUGCUUCCAAAGCUCUGGUUGCCCACAUGAAGAGUGAAGCCGAGAAGAAGGCCGCCACCUCGGAGAAGAAAGAGCUGCUCGCAGACGACGACGACGUUGGCUCCCUCGCCGAGACCCCGGUCUUCGUCACUUUCACCACCAAGCGUCAUCUCACCGAAUCACGAAACCUCAAGCCCACCAAAAUUCCCACCCCGCAUCCCAUUGAGACCGACCCCGAGAAAGGAAUCUGCUUGAUCGUUGCCGAUCCCCAACGCCACUACAAAAACCUUGUAGCCGACUCCGAGUUCCCCAACGACCUUCGCAAGAAUGUAUCGAGAGUCAUUGAUUUCGGCAAGCUCAAGAAAAAGUUCACAGCGUAUGAAAACCAGAGGGCGCUAUAUGCUGAGCAUGACAUAUUUUUGGCCGAUACACGCAUCAUAAAUCGUCUCCCCGGUUUAUUAGGAAAGACUUUCUAUAAAAGCCAGAAGAAGAGACCCAUCCCAAUUGAGAUUCAGGCUCGGAUACCGAAAUCCGCUGGCAAGCGUGUCAAACCCACGAAAGGUGAAGUAAACUCGUGCACAUCAGUUCAGCUAGCUGGAGAGAUCAACCGAGCCGUAGCAGCGGCUCUUGUCAACCUGUCUCCUUCAACGAAUCAUGCUGUGAAGAUUGGUUAUGCUUCAUGGAAAGCAGAAGAAUUGGCCGCGAAUGCCGAGAAAGUUGUUAAUGUCAUGGUUAAUAAGCUUAUCCCUGGAGGAAAGAAAAAUGUCAGGAGUAUCUACUUGAAGGGACCCACGACCGUUGCUUUGCCUAUCUACUUGACAGAUGAGCUUUGGUUGAGUAAAGAAACAGAUGUUGUAGGUGAUGACUCGGAGCAAGCCAAGGCUCUGCUAGCAGCUGAAAAGGCAAACAUCGGCAAGAAACGCAAAUCGUUGGAGGGUGCUGUUGAGGAGGCCGAGCCCGUUUCGAAGAAGUCCAAGAAAACAAAGCAGGCCAAGCUGCCAGAGAGCAACGAUGACAAACUUGAUAAGGAGAUUGCGGAACGCAAGGCCGCCCUGAAGAAACAAAAGAAAGCCGCUAAGAAGGCUCUGGACGCAUGAUGUAGCCGCCUUGGCAAAACCUCUGUAUCUCAUCUACAGCAUGGUGGAGUUUGGAGUUUUGACGGGAUUGCAAUACGCUUCAAGUUAUACAUGAGGGUAGACCACGUUACCGUGGACUUUUGUUUGUCGCUUUCAAUAUGAGGGCGUCUAACCCGAUAAAUAUAUCAAAUUUGCUCAGGAGCGUCGACAGUCAGCCUAAUCAAGCACAUGUGAACCAGUAGGUUAGCAAAUCACCUAG